CUUUGGAACGGUAGUGUACCUGUCAGGAGGGCAGCGUUACCUAGCUCUUAUUGGUUGGACACAUACAACAGUGUUCCUGUAGGGUGCGCAUAACACUCCAGCAUGGCUGUACUCAGUCCUCUAGAAAAAGCCCCAGUUUGUGUCUGGCUGAGGGUGAGUCACUCAGUCCUCCUCACCUAAAACACACACACACGGCUAGCCCAGAUUAGAACAGAGACAAGAGGGAUGUAUGGAACCAGGGGGAGGGGGAGGAGCUAAGCCUCCCCUCCCUCCUUUGUCUCCUUCCCUCAAACUCCAGGGCAAAAAGCCACGCUGUCAGAUUCAGCCAUGGUGCUGGUGUUGACCUGUAUUAACCUUCAUCACUUCUGUUUGGGUUGAGAAACCUACUGUAGUUUCUCUCCUCAUCUGUAUUGAUUCUCUCAGAUUCUCUCUCACUCUCUACAGCCCCAGACCACAGCAGGGAAGACAAGAAAGCACUCCAAUCAGACUUCUUUAUUCACUCCAAAAACUGCUGAACAAUAAGAUACUCCUCACCACCGCGACCACACUUAACAUUCAGGGUACAUUGGGGACCAUUGCGAUCAACUUGUAGUAAUCAAAUGUUGAAUAAUUGAUGAAAGGACUUUUAAACCGAAAAUUGAUGAUUUAACAAAACAGGCCUCUUGAUAGUAACCAACCAGGACUGUCUCUGCAAUAUCCCAUUUCAGACACCUCAGCAUAAAGCUACCUUAUUAGACUCCAGUGUCUCCAUAAUGUUUCUCACUGGAGCAGUGGUCUACAGGCGAUUGCAGACAGGAAAACACCAACUGAUAACCAGCUGAAUGUAGUCUGCUAAGGGCUUGUGUAAAUAGAAUGCUGACUGCUUUAAUCCCAGCAGUAAUGAAGCCGUCCCUUAUUUUGGCCCAACUGUUUGGCUAAUAAAUGAUAAAGCCGGGGGUGAGGCUGCUGGCUCUCCCUCCUCCAAAACCUCCUUUCUUCAUUUUGAAUCAUUUCUCCUAUGCUCAUUUUCUGCAUUUUCUCCUAGCUAUUCCAAUUCCAUCUCUCCCAUCUAUGGAAAGCCAGGACUGCUUCAGGCUCUCCCUGCCCCCUCCCGUUCCAUCUCACUCUUCCGUUCUCCCCUCUCAGUAGCACACACAUUGCAGUCUCUCCCUCGCUCACACACACACACACACGCUCGCUGCAGCAAGAGCCACAAAUCAGACUGGUAGAGCACAGGACGGCAGGGGAAAAUAACGAUUGAGUUGUGAGUAAGCACGGUGACCACAGAGGUGAAACAUGCGAUCGUAAUAGGUUGUUGACGUCUACGGUUAAUAGCUUUCUACUUUAACAGCACUGUUCUUUUCCCUGGGCUUGUCUGGAGGACUACAACAAAAAAAGGUAGCAUGACAGAAGGAACCAGGGAGUGAAAAGGGAUUGUUACCCUUCCCACACAGUGGGGAAGCUGGGAGGAAAAAGGGGGUUUGAGAGGACGGGGUUGGACGUCAGAUGGCUAAGGCUGCUCUCCAACAGAGAUAUGACACAGACUUAAGGAUGUUCUAGAGCCGCAUUGCUUCUGCAAAGGACAGAUGCACCACGUGAGGAAAGAGGGGUCUGAAUACCAAUAACUGCAGAGUAAAGAGAAGAGACUGGAUACUGUCCUGGGAGAAGACUGAAGGCUGCAAUUAGUGAAAAGAUGUAAGAUAAACGAUACGAAGCAGACUGAAAUGUUUCACACAUUUCAAAUAUUUUGUUCAUAUAGAAAACAUAAGCUUGUCAUCUCUAAAAACCUCGGGGCUCAUGCUUGAAAAACUAAAAAAAAAUCGGAUUAUUUCGAUUCAUGCUCCAGUUACCAGAACGAAUCAAUGGAUGUGACAUCCUGAACAGCAUAAGCAGCAAACUUCUGUCUGUGGAUAACCAGCUCAACAAUGCCUAAAUCCAAAUCACAAAUAUCACACUCAUACUCGGCUCCACACCACUCAAAAUCCUCUCGGAGGCCCUUUCCAAAGCAACACUCUCUAAAAGGUGUCCACCCGGAAAUAACCCCGUUAUCUCCUACUGAACUCAAGCCAGAGGUCACCAGCCCUUCCCUGAGACCCCCUGCCUGCCCUCUGACCCCACAGACUGUAGUCUGGCUGGCCGUGGUGAUCUGCUCCUGUGUGUUCUCUGCUCUGCUGGGCCCGGGCGUGUCCGCUGGAGAGACCUGGGGCAUGGUCUCCAUCUGUCCCUUCCACUGUGUGUGCCGAAACCUCUCAGAGUCUCUGAGCACGCUCUGUGUCAACAAGGGCCUGCUGUUCGUACCUCCCGACAUUGACCGGCGCACCGUGGAGCUCCGUCUGGCUGACAACUUCAUCCUGGAGGUGGGAAGGGUGGACUUUGCCAACAUGUCAGGCCUGGUAGAGCUAACUCUGUCCAGGAACACCAUCCAUGCCCUGAAACCUCUGGCCUUCGCUGACCUUGAGAGCCUGCGCUCACUCCACCUGGACACCAACCGGCUGACAGUGGUGGGGCCAAAAGACCUGUCCGGCCUGACCAACCUGCAGCACCUCAUCAUCAACAACAACCAGCUGACCGACGUCUCCACCGAGGCCUUUGAUGACUUCCUGCAGACGCUAGAGGAUCUGGACCUGUCCUACAACAACCUGAGGAAGGUCCCCUGGGAUGCCAUCCAGAACAUGGCCAGCCUGCACACCCUCAACCUGGACCACAACCUCAUAGACCACAUCGCAGAGGGCUCCUUCGGAGAACUCUACAAGCUGGCCCGUCUGGACAUGACGUCCAACCGGCUGCAGACUCUGCCCCCCGACCCCCUGUUCACCCGCUCCCAGACGGGCGUGGUCAGCCCCACCCCCUAUAACGCUGUCAUCAGCCUGAGCUUCGGGGGGAACCCCCUGCACUGUAACUGUGAGCUGCUGUGGCUGAGGCGGCUGAUCCGCGAGGACGACAUGGAGACGUGUGCCACUCCCGUCCACCUGGCCGGGCGCUACUUCUGGUCCAUCCCAGAAGAGGAGUUCACCUGUGAGCCUCCGCUCAUCAUGCGCCACUCCAACAAGCUGUGGGUGCUGGAGGGCCAGAGGGCCACACUGAGGUGCCGUGCCAUCGGAGACCCAGAGCCAAUCAUCCACUGGAUCUCCCCAGACGACCGCAUCGUGGCCAACUCCAGCCGUGUGCACUCCUACUACAACGGCACCCUGGACGUGCUGGUGACCCGUGCCCGUGACGAUGGGGCCUACACCUGCAUCGCCAUCAAUGCUGCCGGGGAGGCUACGGCCCUGAUAGACCUGAAGAUCAUCCCCCUCCCUCACCGCGGCAACAACACCGUCCCCCUAACCAGCCCUCGAGGGGAUCCCGGGUCCUCAGACAUCUCCAGUGGGAGAAGAGGAGGGGCAGGCUGGAACAGGAAGGGUGGUGGAGGGGUGGUGACCGUCAAGAACACCACAGAGGGGGAGAGUGGAGAGAGGGGGGAUGGAGAUGCCAGUGCCAGUGAGCAUUUGAUGGGGGUCAUGGGGGUGACUGCCACCUCUGCCCAGGUGCGCUGGGUCCUGGGCCAGGCCACUGGGCCAUACCUGGUGUGGAUGUACCAGAUCCAGUACAACUGCACUGCAGACGAUGCCCUGGUGUACAGGAUUCUGCCUCCUACAAGCAACUCUUUCCUGCUAAAGAACCUUGUGUCUGGAGCAGACUACAGCCUGUGUGUCCUGGCCAUCUUUGACGACGGGUUGUCCACCCUGGCCACCACCAAGGUCCUGGGCUGCACCCAGUUCAGCACCAAGGAGGACUUCCCAGAGUGCCGCUCCCUGCAGGCGCAUUUCCUGGGCGGCACCUUGACAAUCAUGGUGGGCGGGGUCAUCGUGGUGACGCUGCUGGUGUUCACCGUGGCGAUGAUGGUGAGGCACCGCGUCUGUGGAGACUGCCAAGACGAAGGCCACUACCCUGCCCAUCACCAUGACGACUUCCUGCCCUCUAAGGGAGAAGUGGACGUUUACGCUCAGACCAAUGGGAACGGGAGAGUGAUGAUGGUGGCGCUGCCCAAAGGCAUUCUUGGCCAACAUGCUAAGCCCCUGCCAUCGAAAACCAAACCCCAAGCCAAGAACAAGCCCAGGACACCGUCAAAGUCAACGCUUGACUCUGAUCAGCUCAGUGGAGAGAGAAAGGCUGAGAAGCAGGGUCUGGAGGUGGGCAUGAAGGGGAAAAUAUUCCCCCCUUUCACCCCUGAGAGUGAGAGAGUGACACUGUACUACUCCCCUGCCAACACCUCCCAAACCUUACCCCAUCCCAGAGCUCACAAGACCCUGAGACACUCAGGCAAGCUCAAGCUGCGCCGCUCUGAGGAGAGGGAGAGUGACUUGGACAAAAUGGUGGGCUCCAGAUGCAGCCUGGACUCUGGGGCCCAAGGGGAGGAGGAGGGGCGGGUGAAGGACUGGAGGAGGGGCGAUCGUCCGCCACUCGGGAGGACACGCAGCUGCUCCUUUGACGUGGGCGAGAUCACCACGACAACCUGCUACAGCUAUGCCAAGCGACUGAGUGUGAUAUGGAGCAGGAGGAGCCAGUCGGUGCACGGCAUGCUGGUCCAGUGCGCCUCAACGGCCAGUUCAGCGAGCAGCAUGGGCAGCGAUCACAACCCCCCUGCCCUCACACAUGGCUACCUGCACGCCUUCAACACCUCCAACUCCAAUUCCAAUGUGGCUGCCAAAGAUCUGGAGGAGUGUGUUGUGUAGGGUGGAGAGGAGAGGAGGAGUGUGU